UCUUCACUAAAAAAAAAAAUUGCUGAGAUAAAUUUUAAAAGACACAAAUUAAUGGGGAAAUAUAUCAUGUCCAUGGACUGGAAGAUUCAAUAUUGUUUGUCAAUUCUUCCCAAAUUGAUCCAUAAAUUCAAUGCAAUUCCUAUCACUAUCCCAACAGGCUUUUUUUUAACGAAAAAUUGACAAACUAAAUAUAAAAUGUAUAUGGAAAAGGAAAGCACCCAAUAGCCAAAGCAAUCUUGGAAAAGACUGCAGAACAAGACUUAAUUUCAAGAUGCUGUAAAGUCACAAUAAUCAAAACAGUGUGGUAUUGGUAAGGAUCAACACACAGAUCAAUGACAUAAAAUAAAUCAUCCAGAUCCACAGAUACAUGGUCAACUGAUUUUGACAAAAGCACUGAGGUAAUGCAAUGGGUGGGCAAAGAUUUCUUGGGACACACAAACAAGCACGAACCAUAAAAGGAAAAAUAGAUAAACUGGACUUCAUCAAAAUUAAAAACUUUUGUUCUUCGAAAGACAUCAUUAAGAAAAUAAAAAGGCAGGGGGAAGGGGCAGCAGGCACCAUGCUGGGCCAUGAAGGUGGCAAGAAGAAGUCCUUGAAGCAGCCCAAGAAGCAAGCCAAGGAGAUGGGCAAGGAAGAUAAGGCACUCAAGCAGAAAAAGGAGGAGGAGCAGAAGAAACUCGAGGAGCUAAAAGGGAAGGCUGCAGGGAAAGGCCCCCUGGCCACAGGUGGAAUUAAGAAAUCUGGCAAAAAGUAAGCUGUUCCUGGAAUUCCUUGGUGGUCCAGUGGUUAAGACUUGGUGCUUUCACCGCCAUGGGCCCGGGUUCGAUCCCUGGUCAGGGAACUAAGAUCCCACAAGCUGCACAGCGUGGCCAAAAAAUAAAUAAAAUAAAAUUUUAAAAAAGUAAGCUGUUCCUUGUGCCUGAGGCAAUGAUGAUUCCAUUCCUGUUUAAACAUCUGGAUUCCCUGCCAUAACAUCUGUCGCCACCUAUAGCUAUAGCUUGGAACCUUUUGUACAUUUAAGAAUAAAUUUUUGUAAAAAAAAGAAAAUCAUACAGUGGCUCAUCUUGUCUUUAGUUUUUCUCAGCCAUUUUCUACCUUAGCUAUGAGAUCCGCAUAAACCCAGCGCAGAAUCCUGCCAAAGUGUGUUCCUAAGUCCUUGUUCUAUCCUGGAUUCUGCAUCACCUGGAAUGAAACCAACUCAUUUGAAAAAUAAAAAGAAAAUUAAAAGGCAAAUCACAGACUGGGAGAAAAUAGUGACAACACACAUCUCUGAAAAAGGAUUUGUAGCCAGAAUAUACAAAGAACUCUUAUAACUCAAUAAGACAAAACAACACAACUUUUUUUUUUUCUUUGGCCUCACCGUGCAGCAUGUGCGA